AUGUCGGAUCAGGAUACUAAACUAAAUUUUGAAACCAUGGAGGCCGGAGAUUUCAAAGAUUUCGCCAAGGCGAUGACCGAUUACAUUGCUGAAUACUUGGAAAACAUCAGGGACAGACAAGUAGUACCAUCAGUGAAGCCUGGCUACUUGAGGCCCCUGGUGCCGGAGCAGGCUCCCGAGAAGGCGGAGCCCUGGACAGCAGUAAUGGCGGACAUAGAGCGUGUCGUCAUGUCCGGUGUCACCCACUGGCACUCGCCGCGCUUCCACGCCUACUUCCCCACCGCAAACUCCUACCCUGCCAUCGUGGCUGACAUGCUCAGCGGUGCUAUCGCUUGCAUUGGUUUUACUUGGAUCGCGAGUCCAGCUUGUACGGAAUUGGAGGUUGUGAUGCUUGACUGGCUGGGCCAGAUGUUGGGACUGCCUGAGUCGUUCCUGGCUCGAUCUGGUGGCGAGGCCGGUGGUGUCAUCCAAGGCACCGCCAGUGAGGCCACGCUGGUCGCUUUACUUGGAGCCAAGAACCGUACCAUCUUACGUGUUAAGGAAAAGCACCCCGAAUGGACUGACACGGAGAUCCUUUCGAAACUCGUCGGUUACUGCAACAAACAAGCCCAUUCUUCCGUGGAACGUGCUGGACUUUUGGGAGGAGUAAAACUUCGUUCACUCCAGCCUGAUGGAAAGAGAAGGCUUCGCGGCGACACUCUCCGAGAUGCUAUUGAGGAAGAUACUCGCAACGGACUUAUUCCAUUCUAUGUCGUAGCUACCUUGGGCACGACAUCAUCCUGCGCAUUUGAUGCAUUAGACGAAAUUGGUGAUGUGUGUAACGAACAUGGCGUUUGGUUGCACGUAGACGCUGCUUACGCUGGGUCUGCAUUCAUCUGCCCUGAGUAUCGCUACCUCAUGAAGGGUGUUGAGAAGGCGGAUUCCUUCAAUUUCAACCCACACAAAUGGUUACUGGUUAACUUUGAUUGUUCCGCCUUGUGGCUGAAAGAACCACGUUGGAUCAUCGAUGCCUUCAAUGUGGACCCACUGUACCUGAAACACGAUAUGCAAGGAUCUGCCCCAGAUUACCGUCACUGGCAAAUACCUUUGGGCCGUCGUUUUAGAGCCCUUAAGCUGUGGUUCGUUCUGCGUCUUUACGGCGUAGAGAAUCUUCAAAAGCACAUCAGAAAGCAUAUUGCUUUGGCUCAUCUAUUUGAGAAAUUGUGCAGCGCUGAUGAAAGAUUCGAAAUUUACGAAGAAGUGACCAUGGGACUGGUUUGCUUUAGACUGAAUGACAGUAACGAAAAGAACGAAGAAUUACUCAGGCGUAUUAACGGCAGAGGCAAGAUUCAUUUAGUUCCUUCUAAAAUUGAUGACACGUAUUUCCUUAGGUUAGCUAUUUGCUCACGUUUCAGCGAGGAGAGUGAUAUUCAUGUGUCUUGGGAAGAGGUGAAGGCCUCUGCUGAUGAGGUACUUAAAGGCCAAUAA